AUGGGCAUAGAAAGUCUGUCAGGCUGUCUGAUCACAGAGGAAGGCUGUACUUCUCUGGCCUCAGCUCUGAGCUUCAACCCCUCCCAUCUGAGAGAGCUGGAUCUGAGCUACAAUCAUCCAGGUGACUCAGGAAUGAAGCAGCUGUUGGCUGGACUGAAGGAUCCAGGCUGGAGACUGGACACUCUCAGGGUGGAGCCUGCUGGAGUCCGAUGGUUGAGACCAGGUCUGAGGAAGUAUUCCUGUCAACUCACAAUCGACACAAACACAGUAAACACAAACCUCAAACUGUCUGACAACAACAAGAUGGUAACAGGUGUGAAGGAGGUUCAGUCAUAUCCUGAUCAUCCAGACAGAUUUGAAGUUUGGUCUCAGCUGCUGUGUAGAAAUGGUCUGACUGGUCGCUGUUACUGGGAGGUCGAGUGGAGCGGACACGUUUAUAUAUCAGUGAGUUACAGAAGAAUCAGGAGAAAAGGAGACAGUUAUGACUGUUUGUUUGGAAACAAUGAUCAGUCCUGGAGUCUGAUCUGCUCUGAAGAUGGUCCUUAUUCCACCACUCAUAAUAAGAUAUCAGCCCCCAUCUCCCCCUCUUCCUCCUCUUCCUCUGUCUCUAACAGAGUAGCGGUGUAUGUGGACUCUCCUGCUGGCACUCUGUCCUUCUACAGAGUCUCCUCUGACACUCUGAUCCACCUCCACACCUUCAACACCACCUUCACUGAAACUCUUUAUCCUGGGUUUAGACUCUAUUCUUAUCCUCCUGGUGCCUCAGUGCGUCUGUGCUGAGUUGAGUGUAAAGAGUGUCUUCCUGUUAGAGAAACACUCUGGUACAGACUGAACUAUCUGUUCAAGAGUCAAUGUUCCCUCUAAUUUUUCAUGUGUCUGAGCGAACACACAAACUCCCUGGUCCCUUGGACCACUGUGAGCAACAUCAGACGUGUGCACUGUGGUCACAGCAGCACUGAAUCCAUCCAAGUUACAUGUUUAUUAAAAUAAUCAAAUUACAGC